AUUUUGCUAAAAACCUAACCUUUGGGAAGUUGCCGCUUGGGAAAUUGCACGUUUGGGAAGUUUCCACUUGGGAAACUUUCACAUGGUUAGUCACCAUUGGGAAAAUGUCUUUGGGAAAGUACUUAACACCUAUUAAAUAUCGUAUUAAAAUCCAAAUUGAACAGGUAAUCCUUAUAACACAUGCAAUUCAUUUUUGGAUACAUUUACUUACUUUUUUCUAUAUUAACACAAAUUUAAGUCGAAGAGCAGUGCUAUCCUAUAAAUUUUUUUAGCUUCUGGUGUAUUUAAAUAUCUUCAAAUAUUAAACAAUCACAAUGUGUUCGCAAACAAUGUUUUUACACAGAGGAAUUGUUCGACGAAGGCCUGACACCUGGUGUGUAUUUUAAACCCAAUCCCCAGCCCGUUUCCACCGGUCUCUAUCUAGCACCCAAUUCUAAUGAGCCCACAUACCCCAGGACUCUAAAUAUAUUCCUCUCUCUUCUCUCUGUUAGGUUUCGGUUUGUAAGUCUGAGUAGUAGUAGUGGGCCGACUGCCUCAGAGUGCUUCAAGCCAACACACACACACACACCCUCACAAACCGGACACUAACACCCCGUUUUAGAUAAAUGUACAUUCCAUGAUGUAACCAUGAUGUCAGGUGACAGUUUAAGGUUUGACAGGUCACUAGGAGGUCUAGGUAAAGAUGACCAGCUUGAUAGACUUCUGGCUGGUCUUGACGAGCUUAGUGGGACACUGCCUGACCUUGGUCGAUCAGCUGGUGUCCACCAAUCAGCUGGUGUCAACCAUCAGCUUGUAAACAAUCAUUAUCAGUCGUUAAACCAGAGAAAUCAGCUGUCAGCUUCACGUGAAACUAGUAUUUUAUCAGAUUGUCCUGAUAAUCUACCAAACAGGAGAGUGAGUGAUUUAACUAAGCAAAUGAGUGACGCAGCUCGAAGAUUAAGUGACAAUAGUCGACGUUUAAGUAACGAUAGUCGUCAUGGUAGUGAAAAUGUUCGAACCUAUGAGGACGAUCUCGAUUAUGUACUCGAAAAGGAGCAAAAUGAACCUCCUGUGAAGGGGCAGGAGAGAAGACCUUUGAUAGGAGUUGAGAAUUAUGGAUCAGCUUAUCAACGACCAGCAGGAGUUGCAGUAGGGGGAGGAGGAGGUGGUGGUGGUGGAGAUGGUGGUGGGGUUGGUGGUGUUAAUAAACCGACCGCCUCUGAACCACAGCCCUAUCAUACAAGAUAUGAUUCAAAACCGUUCUCAUAUAUAAGAAACAUACACGAAGAUAUUUUCUAUAGUAUAAUACAAAAGUAUUAAUGGAAAAGAAGAGAUAUGUGUUUAUUUAGAAGUAUUAAUAAAUAUAAGAUAAAUCA